AUGUGCAAUUCCUUGAUUUCUUGGGGCAUGUUCCUCGUCGGAGUCGUUGCGGCGCAGAACGCCGGGAUUCCCGCAAACCAGAUCAAUCCCGCGCAUUUCCCCGGUAACAUCCAGUUUGUCGGGACGGCCACUGCGCUCUCCGGAACCGUCGUCUACCAGCCCCCGGUUGCUACCGGCGUGUACCAGCCCCCGGUUGCUACGGGCGUCGCCCCGGUCCCCGCCCCUGUCGCCACCACCGUCGGCCCUGCUCCGGUAGUGGUCCCUACCAGUGCGGUCUCCUCCGUCCCAGUCGCUACCAGUGUCGCCCCCGUUCCCGUUCCGAUCGCUACCAGCGCCAGCAGCAGUGCCGUUCCAGUCGUUUCGAGUGUCGGCACUGCUCCCGCCCCAGUCACUUCCAGUGCCGGCCCCGUUCCCGUUCCGAUCGCCACCAGUGCCAGCAGCGUUGCCGUUCCAGUCGCUUCGAGUGUCGGCACUGCUCCCGCCCCAGUCACUUCCAGUGCCGGCACUACUGAUAUUCCGGUCGCUACGAGUACCGAUACCGUUGUCGCCACGACCGCCACCCCCAUCGCCACAAGCGUAUCAACUCCCGUGCCCGCGGCCCCCAGCACCGCCACCGAGACCGUUUAUGACUACGUUCUUCCCUCGGAGACCGUCGCGCUCUCCACUGUCGGCACCCCAGCAGCCUCUGUGGCUCCUGUCGCCGGCACCGGCGUCGGCGUCGGGACCGGCGCCGUCGCCCCUUUAUCUGACGUCGCUGCGGCCACUCUUGCCCGCCGCGUCGCCAUCGGCACCGCGGGAGUGUACUACGAGACUGCGGGCGUCUACGGUGCCAACGUCCCGGCAUACGCCGCGCAGUACCCCGCCACGGCCAUCUACGACCAAUACCCCGCCGUAGUCGGCACUAGCGGUGUGUACUACGAGAACCUAGGCGGCUACGCCGCCCCGAUCAGCCCCGCUGUGGGGCGCGCCUACGCCCGCCAGGUCGUCCCCGGAUCCUACGGCUACGCCGACACCUACGGCACCGCCGUGUACGCCCAGCCCGCAUACGCCACAGGCGCCUACUACGCCACGGGCGCCCCCGACGCGGUCUACUACGCCACCGGCACCGGCACCGGCGCGUUCGCGGCGACCGCUGCCGUCUACGACAACGGCUACGCCGGGAUCUACCGCCGCCAGGACACCAGCACAUCCACCGACACCGCCACCUCCACCUCCAUCCCGACCACGACCAUCACCUCGCAAGUAACCGGCACUGCCCCCACGGACACCGCCAGCGCCACCGCGGAGCCAACCACAACGGUCACCUCACAGCUGACCGCCAUCCCCAGCGGAACCAGCGAUACCACGCUGAUCUCCAGCACAGACACCACCAUCGCCCCGACGGCAGUCUACCCCUCCACCGGCGCCAGCGGUGUCUCCGGCUCCGCGACCUAUCCGGCCACGAGCGUCUACGGCGCCACGACCGGCACGCCCUCGCAGCCUGCGUCUGAGCCCGCUAUCCCCGCCAACUCUGGCUCCGACCAGACUGUCGGCCGGAAGAGCGCGGUCGCCACGUUCGCCCUGGUCGUCUGUGGUAUCGCCGCGAUGCUCGCGUAA